UGUGGAGUGUGGACAGCAGCUUCCGCGCCCCACUGCCCGGUAAGUAAGGUAAUUCCCCCACCUCCGAACUGCCGCCAGGCGCUGUGCAACAACGAGCUCUGUGCAAUUACUGUGCAUCAUCAAAGAGCCGGCUCAGUGAAGCCCGCAAUUUAUACAAUAAGCAGUGUAGAUUUACCACUAUUGCGUCAGGGAAAAGGGCUUUACUGAGCCCCGCAUCUCGAACACGCCGCCAUGGUGACUCCGUCGCCGACCGAAGCCCCCGGCCGCGCCGCGUUGGUCGACCCGGAGCCAACCCCCACUUACGGCCCGGGUGGAGCGUUCACCAUCUCCUGCUCGACCCGCAUCGGCGCCACGCCAAGAGCUUGUCUCGACGUCCUGAUCACAGCAGCAGAGUAUCCCACCUGGAACCGCUUCUGCAGGAAAUGCACCAUCGACUCCCAACCUGAAGCCGCCUCGGACUCAGAGACGGAAGGCAGUAGUAAUAACCAGCUACGGCUGGGCACUCACUUCACAUUUGAUGUGCACAUGAACCUAGACGAUGCCGAUGGCAGCACAGGCCAGGCAGUCGCAUUGGACGUGAGCGUGCUGGAGCCCAUUGACGAGGAAAGCUCUGGAGCUGGAGGUCCGCGCAAGGGAUGGCGCAUCGCCUGGAAACAGCGUGCCAGUCUGCUCAUGCCCGGCUGGAUGCUCCGGUCGGAGCGGGUGCAGGAGUUUGUCGAGGUCCCCGGUAGCGGCGAGGGCGGCCCGGAGACGGAGUAUCGUUGCUGGGAGACCUUUUACGGGGCGCUGGCGCCUGUUGUCAAGCUGGCUGUUGGCAAGCAGGUUCAACGGGGGUUCGAUGCGUGGGCCGAGGGACUGAAAGCCAGGGCUGAAGGCAGGGCAAUAGUCAACGCAGGUUAGGUUUUGGUAAGUCCUCAGGCUGACGGGUCAUUGUGAUUUGCACUUGUAUGUAUGCUAAG